AUGGCUGAUGAAGAAUAUGAAGCUGAGGAUGCGGGAGCAGAUUACGAUGAUAUUGCCGAAGAAGAUGACAAUAUCGAAGAAACCGAAGAACAAGAAGAGGAUGGUUAUAAUGUACAAUGCCUUGCCCCUGGUCAGGCGGGUGGUGGAGUAGAGAAAUCAAAACGAAUUACCACUAGAUAUAUGACUAAAUACGAAAGAGCUAGAGUUCUAGGUACAAGAGCUUUACAAAUAGCUAUGUGUGCUCCAGUAAUGGUGGAACUUGAAGGAGAAACAGAUCCUCUUCAGAUAGCAAUGAAAGAAUUGAAGCAAAGAAAGAUCCCAAUCAUUAUUCGGAGAUAUCUACCUGACCAUUCCUAUGAAGAUUGGAGCAUUGAUGAACUUAUUAUUAUAGAUCAUUAA